AAACCGUACGUAAGAACGUCGAGAUAAAUCUGCUAGUUUUCCUUAUCAAGAUUACAAGAGUGAUAAAAAUAUCUCGGCGAAAACUACAUAGCUGGUUAAUCGUCACGAGGGAGCGCGCUUAGCCACCUCGAACAGCCAAAAUGCUGGCUAAAAUAUUCACCACAGUCAAAUACACGCUAGUUUCCGUCAAUUUUCUGUUCUUGAUAACGGGCAUCAUUAUACUGUCCGUGGGCAGUUCGGUACAGUCCGCCUACAAUGGUUACCAUGAGUUCCUCUCGGAGAGGUUCUUCUCACUCCCUGCGUUCUGCAUUGCGACCGGAGUCAUCAUAUUCCUCAUCUCCUUCGCCGGCUUCUAUGGCGCCUUUAUGGAGAACUACUAUAUUAUUAUGGGGUUCGUGGGCUCCAUGGUGCUGAUGUUCAUAUUCCAACUGUCGGCUUGCAUCGGCGGGUACGUACUGCGCGGCAACACCGUGGCGCUGGUGCAGCAGCAACUGCACAACACCAUGCAGCUGUAUGACCCGCAGAAGAACUUCGCUGUCACUGUACUGUGGGAUGAAGUGCAAAGAGACUUCAACUGCUGUGGGGUGAUGGACUCGCGCGACUGGUUGACACCCCUCGGCACCAACGACUCACAAGGCGUGCCAGUCAGUUGUUGUGAGCACGUAUGGGGUGCAGUCAACACGUUCACUUGCAACACCACAGUCGCCUUCCAGCUAGGCUGCGCGGAAGCGUUCGGCAACUGGGUGCAGAAGCAUGUUGCCGCUAUCGGAAUAUCAGGAGUCGUCUUAGUGUUGAUACAGGCAUUGGCAGUCGCGGGCGCGGUGUGGUUAGCUAAUAUAACGAGGCAAGAAAGGGAGUUUCCUUAAACAAAUUACAUUAUAAUUUACCAUAGUAAAACCAAAAUAAUUUAUUGCUGUUAAUUUUUAUUAAUAAUAAAAAUAUCUGUUAUAAUA